CCUUCCAAUAUUUGCUCAUUCUCUUUUUUGUUUUGUUUCCUUGCUUUUCCCAUGCUACCAGCUACAUAAUUUCUUGACAGAAAAAAAAUAAAUAUCAAGUCUAUGUACUGCAGGCAUACUGUAAAACUAAAACAAGGUUUGGGUAUGGUUUGUGUUUUCAGUUUAAGGCUGCAAGCAGAAUUUACAACAGAGGGUACAAGUUCUAUCUGAAAAAAAAGGAGGGACUAUGGCAUCAAACAGCCUCUUCAGCACAGUGACACCAUGUCAGCAAAACUUCUUUUGGGAUCCGAGCACCAGCCGGCGCUUCAGCCCCCCCUCCAGCAGCCUGCAGCCCGGCAAGAUGAGCGACGUGAGCCCGGUGGUGGCCGCGCAGCAGCAGCAGCAGCAGCAGCAGCAGCAGCAGCAGCAGCAGCAGCAGCAGCAGCAGGAGGCGGCGGCGGCGGCGGCGGCGGCGGCGGCGGCGGCGGCCGCGGUGCCCCGGUUGCGGCCGCCGCACGACAACCGCACCAUGGUGGAGAUCAUCGCUGACCACCCGGCCGAACUCGUCCGCACCGACAGCCCCAACUUCCUGUGCUCCGUGCUGCCCUCGCACUGGCGCUGCAACAAGACCCUGCCAGUGGCCUUCAAGGUGGUAGCUCUCGGAGAAGUACCAGAUGGGACUGUGGUUACUGUCAUGGCGGGUAACGAUGAAAAUUAUUCUGCUGAGCUCCGAAAUGCCUCUGCUGUUAUGAAAAACCAAGUAGCAAGAUUCAACGAUCUGAGAUUUGUCGGCCGGAGUGGAAGAGGCAAGAGUUUCACCUUGACCAUAACUGUCUUCACAAAUCCUCCCCAAGUAGCCACCUAUCACAGAGCUAUUAAAGUCACAGUGGAUGGACCCCGGGAACCCAGAAGGCACAGACAGAAGCUUGAUGACUCUAAACCUAGUUUGUUCUCUGAUCGCCUCAGUGAUUUAGGGCGCAUUCCUCAUCCCAGUAUGAGAGUAGGUGUCCCGCCUCAGAACCCACGGCCCUCCCUGAACUCUGCACCAAGUCCUUUUAAUCCACAAGGACAGAGUCAGAUUACAGACCCCAGGCAGGCGCAGUCCUCCCCGCCCUGGUCCUAUGACCAGUCCUACCCCUCGUACCUGAGCCAGAUGACUCCUCCGUCCAUCCACUCCACCACCCCGCUGUCCUCCACGCGGGGCACCGGGCUGCCCGCCAUCACCGACGUGCCCAGGCGCAUUUCAGGUGCUUCAGAACUGGGCCCUUUUUCAGACCCCAGGCAGUUCCCAAGCAUUUCAUCCCUCACUGAGAGCCGCUUCUCCAACCCACGAAUGCACUAUCCAGCCACCUUUACUUACACCCCGCCAGUCACCUCAGGCAUGUCCCUCGGUAUGUCCGCCACCACCCACUACCACACCUACCUGCCACCACCCUACCCCGGCUCCUCCCAAAGCCAGAGCGGACCCUUCCAGACCAGCAGCACGCCAUAUCUCUACUAUGGCACCUCGUCAGGAUCCUAUCAGUUCCCCAUGGUGCCCGGGGGAGAUCGGUCUCCUUCCAGAAUGCUACCGCCAUGCACCACCACCUCGAAUGGCAGCACGCUAUUAAACCCAAACCUGCCCACCCAGAACGAUGGCGUUGACGCCGACGGAAGCCACAGCAGUUCCCCCACCGUUUUGAAUUCUAGUGGCAGAAUGGAUGAAUCUGUCUGGCGACCCUAUUGAAACUUCCUCAGCAGUGGCCCCAGCGGUCUCGGUGGGGAGCCACAUCCCCAGUGUAUCGACAUAUACAUAUAUAGAGAGUGCAUAUAUAUGUAUAUCAACUCGCUAUCUACAAAGUGCCUGUUUUUUUAGAAAACUUUCUUUUCUUCUUUUUGUUUUUUUUGCAUUCAGUCACUCUGUCACGAUCUUGCAACCCUAAGAGGGUAAAUCUUGUAAAGCAACAGGCCCAAGAGAGAGACAGCCCUAACCAGGUUUCAGAUCGUUUUCUAUUUAAACAUGUACCUUUGCAAACAAACAAAGGGAAAAAAAAAAAAAAGGUAUUUUUUUGUUUGCUGUUGUUGUUGGGUCUCUUAUCCUCAAUCAUCUGUUCAGAUGCCAGUUCAGAGAGGUGGACUCCAAGUCUGGGAGGAAGAGCAAAGCCGCUUCCUCCCUGUGUUUUGAAACCACACGUCCUCACGGUUCACGGCGUCUCAACAUGUGGACCUGUGCCCUGGGCAGACCCGCUUACAAAGCCGGUCCGGGUGCCCGCGAAGGGAAGAGAGGCAGAAAGGAAUGCUUCCACUCCCUUGCCAUCCACUCAGAGCAACUGUUCCAAACUUUUGCUUUCAUACUUUCUGCAAGUACUCAUUUGAACUGUUUGGUUCAGUUGUUUUUAUUAUUAUUAUUUUUUCCUACUUUAAGAAAGUGACUUCAAAAAAAAUACUGAUCAGGAUAGAUUAUUUUAUUUUACUUUUUCAUACUUCUUUUUUCCUUUUCCCAUUGAACCAAAAGGAAAUCCGAUACCGAACCACCUGCCCCCUCCAACCCACUCCUUCUCCUUUUAUGCAAAACUGAAAAUGGCAAUACCUUAUUAUAGCCAUAACAGUAGAGAUAGUGUUUGCGUUUGGCUGUGUGUUAUUUGUCUUCUUUUUUUUUUAAAUUAUGAAUAUGUGUAAAAUCUGAGGUAACUUGCUAACGUGAAUGGUCAUAUAACUUUAAAGAUAUAUUUAUAAUUAUUUAAUGACAUUUGGACCCUUGAAACAUUUCUUAGUGUAUUGAUAUGUUGACUUCGGUCUCUAAAAGUGCUCUUUAUUAAAUAACAAAUUUCUUCAGUGGGCUAGAGCCAUAUCUGAAAUAUUGCUAAGCAAUUUCAGUUCAUCCAGGCACAAUGUGAUUUUUUAAAAAUACUUCCAUCUCCAAAUAUUUUAGAUGUAGCUUGUUUUUGCGAUGUAUGAAGGAAUUGAUAUGUUUCGUUCUUUUCAGAUCUUUGAUUGCCUCUAACACAGCUUUGCCUUUUAAAAAAAAUAGCAAUAAUUAGAGAUUUAAAAAGCAACCCUGAGUCCUUUAUCACUUAUGUUGCCCUUUAUCAGCAUAAAAUGCUGGAGUGAUGUGGUUUCCUAAUUUCUUUGAAAUAGUGAUGACUCUCGUCAUGUUAAAAGACAAGCACAAGUGAAUCCUUGAACUACAGAAUGGCAUUCUGUGGUUUCAUAGUUAAAGCAAAACUCAAAAUUGCCAGGCUUCACGCUGAAGAUGCAGUCAGCUUAAAGCCACACACGUAGCUGAAGGAUCAGUCACGAUACUCAAGGUACAGGAGAAUAAAACUGUGCCAGGGAGCCUUACCCAACUCGCCUUACCCAGACAGUAAGUCAGGGGAACCCAAAUCUGCCUUAGCCUGGGCCCCACUGGCAGCUCUCCACAGAAUUUGCAUUUAAAGAAGCAGAAUUAAGUCAUUGUCUUCUGGGAGCAGGGUCAUCUGAAGGAGCAGGCAAGUUCCAACAGGCAGCUGAUCUGAGAACACACAGCCUCUGAUACUCGUUGUAUUUCUCACCGUGGAGGGUGUCGGGAAGGCAAGGCUAGGUGGAAUCUGGUGUCUACUACUGUGUGUGAACCUGAGCUGAAGCCCUCCUGUCGGAUGCACUCUGGGCUCUCCUGGUCCUUAAUCCAAGCCAGGACCGUGUCAUGACACCACCAGGCAGAUCCCCACCCGCCUCCCCCACAGGUCAGGGCUCUUUCAUUCAAAGUCUGUGCGCCCCCCCCCAGUCCCCGCCCUAGGCAGAACCUGAUAAGAGAUUUGCCUACAGCCCCCAGAAGCCCCUUGCUUCCUGGUCAUCCUCCAGCCCACUUCAUAGACCCACCAAGCAUCUCAGGAUAGCUCAAGGGGCAUUGGACCUGUGCUUCUCACCUGGGAAUUCACCCUGACUCCCCCUAAGAAAAAUCGAGGGGAACACCAAACCAAACCAAACCAAACCAAGACACUUUGCCUUCUAAAGGUUGUAUACCAAGUAUGCCUAGAUAAAUAAGCCACUUUUCUAUUCCUAAAGAUGGAAGUAGUAAUGGAUACUAUUUAUUGUUUGUGUGUGGUAGCUUGAAGCACACCACCGUCCAUUUAUUUUUAAGUGUAAAAUAUGUGUGUUUGUUUCAGCAGCACUUAAAAAAGCCAGUGUCUGGUUACACAUUUCAAUCUUAAUUAAUUGACAUAAAAAUGUUAUCUCCAGUGCCAGCUAUACCCUAUUUAAUAAAAAAGGUACUAUAUCUGUACAUUCUUGUUUAAUGUUAAAAGGGCUUUUUUAAGUUUACAGUACACAUACUAAGUGACUUGAGGGACGCUUUUGUGUUGAAAUGUUAGUAAUAGUGGCUGCAGGCAGCAACCCAGAAACACUUUAAAAGUUUUUUUUCUUGGGAAAAAUUCAAGCACUUCUUCCUUCUCUCCUCACUCUAACCAUUUCAGUGGGGCAAUUUACAUUUCUUAGAUUAAAUUUGGCCCUUUUUCAGCCUGGGGGUUAAAUUUUGCUUUUUUUUUUUUUUAAAAAAAAACAAGUCCUUAAUUUGCACUGAGUCAUGUGCAUGAUUUGUGAUUUCAAGAUUAAAACAAAGCCUUUCUGCUACUAUGGAACCAUGAACUAGCCAGCACUGUACUUUCUUCAGGUUAAAAUGACAUGGUUUACAACAUCACCAGUACGGCCACUUUUUUAAAGAACAAAACAACAUAAAAAACCUGUUUUAACUUGUGUCAGAGUUCCAGAAUAGAUACCAAAGAUUUUUAGAUUUUUUGUGAAAUGAUAUCCAGCUUAGAACGAAAAGAUUCAACAGCUCUGGUUCACUCUUCAGGCCGUCUCACCCCCACCAGGACCUUUUAAAUGUGAGCAGAGAACUGCACAUCAUCAGGCCCCAUUCAUUGUGGAUUCAGAGGGGAGGAGAUGGGUGUGCUGGCUGAAAGAGUUCCCUCCAUUCCCAGGAAAGCGACUGACUCAGAGUCUAGGGGAAUACAUGAAAACACAAAGCAUUAGCAAAAACAAUAAUUAUACCUAUGACAUUCAAAAGAACCAUAAUAAAUAAAUAAAAGAUGACAUUUUGAAACUUUGAAUUUGUUGUUCUUAAAAAAGAUAAUGCCUUUGAAAUGUGUUUUCUAUGUGAGAAGUUUUUAGAUGUUUGUUUACUUCAUGUUUACAAAUAACUGUUUGCCUUUUCAUGCAGUACUUUGAAAUAUUAUCAGCCAAAACCAUAACUUACAGUCAUUUCUUAGGUAUUCUGAAUAAAAUUCCAUUUUUUUUGGAUAUGCUUUACCAUUCUUAGAUUUCUGUGGAACAAAAAUAUUUGUAGCAUUUUGUGUAAAUACAAGCUUUCAAUUUUUUUUUUUUUCCAAUCGCUGUUGCCCAAGACUUGCUUUCGUGCACAUAUUGUACAAAUUCUGCUUUGUGCCACAGGUCAUGAUUGUGGAUGAGUUUACUCUUAACUUCAAAGGGACUAUUUGUAUUGUAUGUUGCAACUGUAAAUUGAAUUAUUUGGCAUUUUUCUCAUGAUUGUAAUAUUAAUUUGAAGUUUGAAUUUAAUUUUCAAUAAAAUGGCUUUUUUGGUUUUGU